AUGGAUCCUUUGAAUCCAAGUAUUAAUCUGCCAAGUUCGCCAAAACCUGGACCAUCAUCGGGUAUAAAUCCUUUGGAAGCUUGCAGUUCGCCGCAAUUCGGUACAUCAACUUCUCUGGAUCCUUUGAAUCCGUAUAUGAUUCUUCCAAGUUCACCAACACCUGGACCAUCAUCAGCUAUAGAUCCUUUGGAAGCUUGCAGUUCGCCGCAAUUCGGUACAUUAACUUCACUGGAUCCUUUGAAUCCAUAUAUGAUUCUUCCAAGUUCACCAACACCUGGACCAUCAUCCGCUAUAGACCCUUUGGAAGCUCGGAGUUCGCCGCAAUUCGGUACACCAACCGCAUUAGAUCCCUUAACCGUAGAAUUAGGAAGAAUGAUGUCUCCACAAGAAACUAUGCCAUUAUACGAUAUGGAAGGCUUAGAUUUUAUUGGUGACGAAGAACUAUACGGGAUUUUGACCGGCAAUAACGACGACACAUUGGAUGAACUUAAUAGUGCAGAUCCGAACGAAGAAACAAAUAUUAGCAAUUCUUACGAAAAUCAACAGGCCGAAGAGGAAGAAGAUACUUCUCCAGAAGAGACGACCGGGUGGUAUCCGGGUAAUCCUACAAAUAUGUCCAAUAUAAUCUUUACAGGGACAAGUGGUAUGUUGCCGCCACAUGAUGUAAACGUCAAAAGUCCUUUGGACUAUUUCUUUUUAUUCUUUAAUUCUCACUUUAUAAAUUUAAUUCUGGAGUGUACUAAUAAGUACGGUAACAAACUAAAAGCAACAGCGACUACUCCACGCGCUCGUUUUCGCAAGUGGACUGAUGUAAGUGUAGCCGAAUUCAAAACUUUUCUCGGUCUACUGUUGCUGAUGGGGACAAUUAAGCUAAAUAGACUAACAGACUAUUGGUCAACUCAUUAUUUGUUUCGUCUAUGUGUACGUCAAUUUAUGUCGAGAGAUAGAUUUUUUUUAAUUUUAAGAGCUUUAAACGUGCAAAAUAAUGAGAGAACCCAAAGUAUAUUUAAAAUAAAGUCGUUAAUUGAUUUGUUCAAUGACACGAUUGAUUCGGUAUAUUAUCCAUUGAGAGAAUUAACUAUUGAUGAAUCUCUUAUUUUAUGGAAAGGAAGACUUCGUUUUCGUCAAUAUAUUACAGGUAAAGCCCAUAGAUACGGCAUCAAGUUGUACAUUUUAGCCGACGCUAACGGAAUUAUUUUAAAAAUUCACGUGUACGCAGGGUCUCAAGAUACACAAGUAGGCGGUAAAAAUCAUAUUAAAAAAGUUGUACAUCUUCUUAUGAAAAAAUAUAUUGAAAAGGGACAUUCCUUAUAUUUAGAUAACUUUUAUACCAGCGUGGGGUUAUCUGAGGAGUUAUUGUGUAAAAAUACAUACGUAACUGGUACCUUAAGAGCAAACCGUAUUGGUAAUCCAACGGUAGUAAAAAAUAUAAAAUUAAAACCAGGAGAAUCGUGUAUAGUACACAACUGGAAAAAAAUUGUAGUAACCAAAUGGCAAGAUAAACGGGAGAUAUUGUUCAUAAGUUCGGAACACACAAGUCAAUAUAAAGCGACUACUAGUCGCCGUGUACGCACCGUCAAAUACAAACCGGCCGUACAAAUAAAAUAUAAUAAAUACAUGCGGGCAAUAGACCGACAUGAUCAGAUGUUAAGUUAUUAUUGCUGUGAGCAUAAGACCCUGCGCUGGUACAAAAAAGUUAUUAUACAUAUAAUACAAAUAUGUCUAGUAAAUGGCUUUUUGCUUUUUAACGCAAGAAACAAAGGAAAUGAAACAACUUUGUACAAAUUUAGAAUGGACAUAAUGGAGAAAUUACUGCCAAUGCCAAAUAGAACAGAACUUUCUCGGUCUCUAUCAGAAGGAAAAAUACAUUUACCUGCCAACUUGCCAAAGAAAAAUGGCAAUACCCUAAGAAAAAGAUGCAGAGUGUGUUAUUUGAAAACCAAAAAAAGAGUUUCUGUUUUAUUUGGCUGUCCUGAUUGCCCCGGAUUUCCGGGUCUAUGUAUUGAUAAAUGUUUUAGAGAAUUUCACAAAUAUUAG